AUGAAUACACAGUGGCAAAGCAUAGGCUGUGUUGAAGCGAGUGCUGAGACGGACAGCCAUUUUGAACGCGUCCACUCAUACCGUAUAUACACAACAACACCACAAACACCUCAUCACCACAUCGCAGGCCAAGCCGUCAAUCCAGUGACCAUUACAUCCAUCGCAACCACUAUUCAUCACCCGAGAGGCAGAGCUGUACCUCCGAAGCCGAUGGCAACGUUCAGCCGGGCGUCCGAUAGCGACGCGUGGGCUCUACUGGCGCUUAAGUCGGCGCCGGCCUCGCCGUCGAGCAUACAGUGGGCGCCGAACGCAGAGACGGCUCCCAUCGCGCGGCUCGAGACCCGGGAGUUCGAGUUCAUGAUCCGCCAGAACCGCAUAGUGAUCGGCCGCAACAGUUCCAGGGGUCAGGUGGACGUGAAUAUGGGCCACUCCUCCUUCAUCUCUCGCCGCCAUAUUGAGAUCCAUUACGACUCGCAUCACUUCUAUAUGAUCUGCAACGGCAAGAAUGGUGUCUUCGUUGACGGCGUCUUUCAACGCAAAGGCGCUCCACAUCUUCAGCUCCCAAAGACUAAUUUCGGUUCAAAAUAUAACAUUAAUAUCUGCAGCGAAACAACUCGUGUUUGUAUCCUUCGGUUUCCCUCAACAAACAUCAAAUUAGUCUUCCAAUCAUUGGUCGAGGAUUCGAGUGCGAGCGCCGGUCGCGAGUCAAUCAAAGGCCAAUCGAUGGCACCGCUGAAGGUCAACAUUCCCGACUCGACGGACCCGGACUUUGCCAGUCCUAUUCCAUCACCCGCUGGAACAAUAAGUUCCCAACGACUCCCAUCCAGUGCCGCCAAUUCAUGUCCCGCUAGCCCUCGCGGCGGCCACUCUCGGCACCGGAACACCUCCAACGAGCACAUGCAGAUGAUGGUGGCGUACGCGGCGGCAGCUGUUGCUACAGACGAGCACCGAAUGGUAGCGCACAACCCGUCGGGCAUUAAGUUAAUGCCCAGUUUGGAACACACGCCGCCCGUGUCUAACAAUAGUAACGAUUACUAUUUGGUGCCGCAGUCGGGCGGACACGAGUCGACGGCCAACAGUCCCGGAGAGGUGGACGACUCCAAACCUCCCUAUUCUUACGCUCAACUCAUUGUUCAAUCGAUUUCGAGUGCAUCCGAGAAACAGCUGACACUCAGCGGAAUCUAUUCCUAUAUAACAAAGAAUUAUCCGUAUUAUAGGACAGCAGACAAAGGAUGGCAGAACUCAAUUCGACACAACCUAUCGUUGAAUCGGUAUUUCGUGAAAGUUCCGCGUUCUCAAGAAGAGCCGGGAAAGGGAUCCUUUUGGCGAAUAGACGCCCAGUCGGAGCCCAAACUCAUAGAACAGGCAUUCAAGCGGCGACGGCAGCGACCGAUGACCUGUUACCGCAACCCAUUGGGCGGCUCGGCCUCACGCUCGGCGCCCGCCUCACCCAAUCACAGCGGUCUGGCCAGUGGUUUGGCCACUCCCGAAGACAUGUCUCGAGAAUCAAGUCCUAUACCCGAACCUCUAGAAAGCGAAAUAAUAUCGUCGAUGGGUCCGCCAUCGUCUUACCUAACUGUGCCAACUACUAUAGAAUACAAAUUCACCAGCAAAUCGGCGCCCGGCUCUCCAGGAAUCGGCAACACAUCCGAUAUGAACGGCUCAGUAACAGCCAAUCAGUCGCUCACUAACACCUCCUCCCUCUCAACCAAUGGUGUCAACUAUAGUGACAAAGAUUCCGAACAAGAAUUGAGUUUUGCCCGAACAUCAGCCCCCCGUGCGAUAGCAGUGGACAACAACACAAUAAUACUUCAGUCUUCGUUAUCGUCGACGACAUCUCAGCCCACGGUUAUAGUACAGGCGCCGUCCAAUUCGGCCGGCAAUGGGAACUCGACGGUCAUAUCGCGCGUAUACGGAGCCGACGCGGCCAACAACGCCUACAAAGUGUCAUCCGUGCCGACACAGAUGCCUCAGAAGCGGCCGGCGUCUGAUGUGGUGACGGCAGUGACGAGCGCUGCGGUCGUGACCACUGGCGGCAGUCAUAUAGACGAACCCGAAGACGCCGACUCUGCCGGUAGUCUUACACUUAAGCGAAUACGCGUUUCGGAGGGCGUGUCGGACGAGGAAUACGAGCGGAUGAGCUCUUGAUUUAGUGAAUUAGAAGAGACAAUGAAAUCACAACUUAUGAUAAUAUAAUGUCUGGGAAUCAGUGUUUUCGAUGAUUUUCAGAAUACCAACCAAACAUACAAAUCAAAUAUUGUUUAUAUUUAUGUUUUUCUUUCAUUUUCCCUCACUUUCUGAUCUAACGAUGUCUUCUUUUGUGUAGAAAUUAAGUUUAUUCUUUGAUUCUCUCUCUCUCUCUCUCUCUCUCUUUCUCUCUCUC